CUCUUUCUCUUUCUCUCUCUCAAAGUAUCGAAACUUCCCUUUCUCUCUAUCUAUCUCUCUCUCUCUCUAGGGUUUAUCGGAGCUUCGCACUCAAAUUCUCUUCGAUCAGCUACGAAUCUCAUCUUACAGUUUUGAUCUGUGUCUUAUUCUCUAAAUGCUCUCUCUAUCAGUACACUUUCGUCGACUAGCCGUGAGGAAUCGUUGUCUUGUUAAUUCAUCGUUCUUCCGAUUGGCACUUGGCUGAACUUAGAAAUUGGUCAUAGCACAGCUAUAAACUGUAGCAUACCAGAAGUCUUCUAAUGGACGAAGAACAUCAUCAGAAGAAUGAUUCUAGUAUAAUUUUGAGGACUACAGUCCCAUUCAUUGAGAUUGAUUCUUUAUUCAUAGAUCUUUCCAGUUGUAUUGAUAAACCUGAUGCUGGAAACUGUGACCAUUUCUCCAUUCGUGGAUAUGCAUCUCAAAUGCGUGAAAAAGAUUGGAAAAAAUGCUGGCCAUUUGAUUUUGAUGGUGACUAUGAGUCUGCAGAGACAAUAUCCUUGCUUCCACCUUUUCAUGUUCCGCAGUUCAGGUGGUGGCGCUGUCAAAAUUGCAGGAAGGAGACUCCUGCAGGUGUUGAGAAAUCUUCAAAUCUAGAUAUGCCCGAUGCUAUAGAGGCAAUCGCUAAUGCCUCUACGGAUUUGUGCAACCUCAAUCAUCCUCCAUCUUUCACGAGCGAGAGACAAAAGAAAGCUGAAGGAGAUGAGGUUGACUCUAGAUGGAUCUUGAAUACAGAAUUUCCCAUAGCGACUAGUGUCGUGCCAGAAGUUGAGUCAAAUCUUAUGUUAGAAAAAACCAGAAGUGAUCCAGUGCAUAGAGAAUCCGUUAAGAACUCCAAGCUACUCUGUGGAAAUGAAGUUGCUGAGGUUGAGCUUGGUCUUCGAAACCUCAAAGUGAUUGAUGAAAAUCUUGAAGGCUUUGAUGAUGAGGAACAAAAAACUGCACAUAAUGAACAAACUGAGGUAACUCGUUCACCAUCAGGAUUCAAGGUGAUCGAUCAAGCUUGUAAUGGCGAGAGACAGAGGUUUCCGGCAGACAUUGAUGGGAGUUAUGCAACAGCAUCUGAGCAUACUGAAAUUUCAGUAGAAAAUGAUAUGCAAGACCAUCACAUAGAUAAGUCAGGCAGUUUGCACCGUCGAAAGCCUCGUAAGGUGCGCCUACUGACUGAGUUGCUGAAUGAAAAUGAAAACGUAAAAACGAAUCACAUUGAUACGGAAGAGUCCCCAUCCCAUGGGACUUCCGAAAAAUCUGAAGGGUUAAAAGACCUUUCUGUUUCCCAAUGUCCAGUGGCUGCCAGAAAGAAUGUCAGGUGUUCAGGUCAGACUUCAAAAAGUAAAAUGCCUCUGAAUGAAGAUUCCCUUGCUGCAGAGACUUCCUCUUCAUACAACGUAUAUAACAAGAUUCAGCCAUUGAAGGGAGAUGUGGAAACAAAUUCUUUUCAUGCUAGUGAAUCUGAAAAUGCAUUGAUUGCAACUGAUGUACGAACUAAGAAAAGUGUCUUGAACAAGUGUGGGAAUGAUCUGAAAUCUCUGCAUGAUAAGAAAAACAAAAAGAUCCAAAUUGAAGCAUGCUCUCCUCUUGACAUUCCACCAGGAAGUGGUGACAACAUAUCUGACGUUUCCCUUAAACACAACGAGUUUUCUAGCAGUGCAAUGGACCCAUUUCUUUUAUUUGGUUCAAGAAUUGAGCCAAUUUCUAGUCUGUCUAAAAGGAAAAGCAAGAUGCCUGUAAUUGAUGACCGGCGGGGUUUUUCUUGGAGCAAUAGCAUGCCAAGAAGAGAUUCAGCCUCAAAAGAAGUGGAACUCAGGAACAGUGAUCCUGUAGUUGUUUCUUGUUCAUCAGUGCUGGAUGAAUGUAGCGAAGGUUUGCAUCUUUCCCUCUCUAGCAAUUUAGCCACAUCAAGAAAUGACAAAAAGUCUAUUUUCGAGACCGAGGAUGGCUCACAUUCAUUGUCGUCUUGGCAAGGAAGAGCAAGUGUUGUUAGGAUCAAAGAUACUAAAACGAAGAAACUUAAAGACUCAAAUGUUCCUUUUAUUUGUUCAGAUACCUUUUCUCGGCAAGUAGGGUACGGUGGAGUCAAUGGUAAGAUAACCUCUGGCAGAAUGCAUUUACAAAAUGGGAAGCAAAGUUCAAAUUCUCAAGCUAAUGAUGAUAGCUGGUCUCAGUUCCAGGCAAUGGACAAUUCCGGGGUAAACAAAGUUGAAAAGAGUGUUCAGGAGCACUUGGCAGCUCAGAUGAAACAGAGUGAGCAGACGGUUGGUAAUAUAUCUGAGCAAAGAGCUUUAGAUGACAUUCCAAUGGAAAUUGUUGAGCUCAUGGCUAAAAAUCAGUAUGAAAGGUGCCUUGAUAAUACCAGAAAUAGUAAAUCCCUAUCAAAGACAAGCUCAAAGAAAGCUCGAAUUAUGAAUUUCAGUUAUGCAUAUGGCAGUAGUGACUCAUUGCAGGAGAAAAAUAUUCCCAAGUGGAAACCCCAGGUUAGGAAUGGGAGAAAUAACUUGCAUACGGUAGGAGAUAAUGUGGCAUACGGAAAACAAAGUUCAGGUAAUUACUUUUCUCACACCGUGGGGGGACAUUUUAGCAUAGACCACCUGCGUCAGACUAUUAUCCCUCCAGAAUAUUCUACAUUUGGACAUUCUCAAAAUAAAUCAUCAAAUCCUGUCAAGUUAUUGGCAAGAAGUACUAGUGAGAAGGCAUGUUCUCAAUAUAGCCAAUAUCCUGGGGUGGCGGAAGAUCAGGAGUCCUCUCAUUACAGGGCGCAAUCUUUCAGGGUAAAUAACGCACACCAUCCUGUUUCACAAAACAAUGAAGGCGUAUCUCAUCUGUGGAACGAAGUCCCGCCAAAUCAUCAUUCAUACAUACCUACCACUCCUAGAAAGGUUGCAUCUCAGUCGACUACUGUAACUGCUAAUAAAAACUAUCCUGAAUCAAGUAGUAGAGGGAGUAUGAAUCGAGGGCAUAAUCCUAAAUUUUUCAAUCCAAAAGUUACUAAUCUUGAAAAGGAUGAUGGUAAUUAUGGGUUGGAAAAUUUCAGCAGGACUAGUGCAAAGUACCCAUUUUAUUGCCAUUCUAAUGGCAUUGAGCUUCCCCAAAACCCGAGGGGGUCAUUGGAUUUGUAUUCUAAUGAAACAAUGUCAGCAAUGCAUUUACUCAGCCUUAUGGAUGCCAAAAUGCAGCGCAGUGAAAUGCAUGAAAAUCCAAAAUUUACCAAGAAAGCUUUUCCCCACGAUCACAAAGCUAAGGAUAUUUCUGGGCUGGAUGUUGGUUUGCACAAGGCAUAUGAUACCAUCAAUUAUUCAUCUGAUUAUUAUGGUGAAAUCCAUCCGUUAAAGAAGUCUCACGAUUGUUACCAUCGCCCUUCAAUGGGUGGUUCAUCAAUUUCUCCUCCUAUGGGAAAUGGAAGUCAUGAAAUAGUUUCUGAUUUAACAGGUAAAGUUGCAUUGCAAUGUAAACAAAAGGAGAAAACCAAGUGCUCCACUUCAACAUUGAACAGAGCUCAAAAAUCACAGAAGAGUGUACUUACAAGUGGUCAAGGUUCCAAUGAAGGAGUUUUUCCCAUUCAUAGCUUGCAAAAGAAAUCUGGUGGUCCAUCUAGUUCUUUGGUGUCCAUGAGUGGAUAUCCUAGACUGGAAAAUCCUGGACAAUGUAUAAUAGAGCGACACGGUACUAAAAGAAUGUUGGAGCAUUCGAAAGUUAGUUCUGAGUUCGGAAUCUGCAUGAUUAAUAAAAAUCCUGCUGAGUUUAGCAUACCAGAGGCAGGAAAUAAAUACAUGAUAGGAGCUGAAGAUCUACAAUUUUCAAAAAGGAUUUCUGAAAAUACAUCGGAUUUGAAUAACAUGGAUGGACGCAAACGCAAAAGGAAUACAAAGCAUGCUGUUGUAAAACAACCCGCAUUACAACACUAUAGGAUGUGAGAUCAUCGUCAUGAAAAAAACAAGCCGCAGGAUUUUUAACUUUUAAAUGGUUGCCGGUUGUUAAAAUAUUGGUAAAAAAAAGUCUAGAAUAUGAACAACAACUCCCGUUGCGCCCAACAAACACUGGCCGCAGAUGCGCCAUCUUUGGGUUUAAGCCAAGGACUGUACAUAAGACUACGUGAAUCUUGAGAUUCAUAUCAAGUACAUUUGAUUGUAUAUGCAAAUUUUGGUUUUGAUGGUGUCGUACGUCUCGUUAUAGUUAUAUUCACAAAUCACAAGGUUAUGUAUAUACGCUGAGUUACGUACUCUUUCGUUUUCGGAAGAGGGUAAGGUUACAUCAGUUUUAUGCACUGAUGAGGUAGCAGUGUGUGAGAAGGAAAAAUAACAGAGAAAUAGUUAGAUUUUUCUCUUCAUAAUAUAUAUAUAUUUAGAUAAAUCCGAAGGCUCAUUGUUAGUUUGUUCCUGUGGGAAAGAUACUAAUAUUUGUAGCUUUAGUGUGAACUAUAUACACUGUACUGUGAUGUUGUGGGAGUGCCCUUGAAAUAAGAAAAAAAAAAGAAAAAAGAUACUGCUUCUUCUCUUUGUAGAAAGAGAAUAUAAUUGAUGGGUAA